AUGGACGGUCCACCUCCACCACCACCCCCUCAUGGGGCAAACCCGAGAACGACUGCAGACGGGGCAGCAGAAGACGGACAAUAUCGAAAAGCAUCGGAUUUACCUGACGGGCCAUACGAUAUCUUCAUCAUCCCUCCUCAUUCUUCGGGCUCUGGAUUCCUCUACCUCCCGUCGCUGCAAUGCCACAGGAAUAGUUUCUUGGCCGGAGUUGCCGCCACCCUGUUAGGCGUGGUUCUAUAUGUUAAUGUCUUGCCUGUAUUGAAGAAUUGGUUUGCGACUGUUGUUCAAAGUGGAGGCAUGGGUGUCUUCAUGCUUGUGAUCGGCGUGGGAGUGAUUUGCUGGACUGUCGGCAGAACCCAAACUGAAGGCAGCUCCCCGAAACCUCGAAAUCGCGAAAGGCCUACCUCACCGAACGGGGGCCGUGGUCCACGAGGUCCUCCUCCCCGCCCGCCGCCGGCUAGUGGUCCGCCUCCAAGCGGUGGUCCAAAUCCGUCCGCGGGAGGAUAUCAGAAUUUUGGCGGCCAGUAUCCUGGUGCCGGAUUUGGUGGACCUCCUCCGAACGCUGGUCCUCAGUAUCCUGGCGGGCAAUAUCCUGGGGGCCAAUUCCCUGGCGGCCAUCAAUAUUAUGCCGGCGCGCAGUAUCCAGGAGCAAACGCUGCUCCACCUCCACGGCCUCCUCCACCACGAUCAUCAGCACCACCUCCACCACCACCACCUCCUCCUCCCCCUCAACCAGAACCUCCGAGAGAUAACCCCAAGCCUCAACGAGCACCCUCCCCUGCCCCGCCUCCUCCUAAGCCCGCGCCAAAGCCCGCACCCGAACCGGAAGCCAAACCUGAACCUGAGCCAGAGCCAGAGCCAGCACCGGAACCUAAGCCCAAACCUCAGCCUAGAGCUGAGCCGAAACCUCAACCAGAGGUUAGGCCAGAACCCGCAUCAAAACCUGAGUCGAAGCCGGAGCCUAAGCCCGACCACAAACCCGAACCCGAACCCAGGCCCGAGCAAAAGCCCCAGCCGCCGCCAGAGCCAAAGCCGGAGCCAAAACAAGAUACUCCCGCCCCUCCCCAGCCAUCCAAUACUGAGGCAAAACCUGCACAAGAUAGGCAAAAGUCUGACUGGGAAAGAGCCAGGGAAGAAAUGAGGCGAAAGGAAGAGAUCCGCAGGAAGAUGGAGGAGUUCCGAAAGAAACGAGCAGAGGACGAGAGACGUAAACAAGAGGAACAAGAGAGAAUUGCGCGUGAAGAGCAACAACAGCGAGACAAGGAGGCAAGAGAGAAAAACUUUCGUGAAUGGAAGGAAAAACGAGCAAAGGAACGCGCCGAGAAGGAGGCUGCUGAGAAGGAAGCGGCCGAAAAAGCGGCAAAGGAGAAAGCCAGACAAGAAGCGGCUGCGAGAUUUGCUGCUGCGAGAGAGGCGGCUGCUGCAAAGCGCGCUGCUGAGAAAGCCGCCGCCGAGAAGCUUGCCGCAGAAAAGGAGGCCCAGCAAGCGGCAAAGGCGGCUGCUGCAGAGAAGGAGGCAGCUGCAAGAGCAGCGUCGCGGCCUCAGUCCGUUCAAACGCCAAAAGCAGAGCCCAAAGCGCCUUCGACACCGAGAGCACCGCAUGCGAGUGCAAAGACCACCACGGAUGACGAUGCCUAUUCGUUUCGCCCGUACGACCGCCCCCGACCCGGCGUCAAUAAGCAGUCGUCUGCAUCAUCAGUGUUCUCAGAAUCAACGUAUGCGUCACAGACAACCGCAAGGACAACACCGCCGCCAUCACGGAGAGGUCCGUAUAGUACCAAGAACCCUGAUAAGGUUGUUAUCCACGGCGUAUACUCAUUCAACAACGCGUUUAUGAGAACGCCAAUAGCGCAGCUGGUAUCAGGACAAGGCGUGGUCACAGAUGGCUUGAUCCUGCGCAUCACGACCGAAGGCAUGUUUGUCGACGACGACGUGAGAGGCGUCGCGCAGCGGGAAUGGGACAUCAAGGCAUGGACGAUGAAACUGGUAGAGGUAUGGUGCCCCUUGCUUGGUGCAAUUCCACCGCCACCCGCCCGCCCAAAUGGCUCCAAGUUCAGUCCUUUCCGCCUCGGCACGUCGCACGCGUCCAAGAGUCCCAGCAGCGGGGAUUCAGACGCGUAUCUCGCAGCCUUGCUCAAGGCCUGCAAGAACCAGUGCCGGUUGGAAGCCAGUGGUGAUGGUGGUGGUGCACGCUCUAGUGGGCACAGUGUUGACGCAAAACUCGUCGAGGAACAGACAGCCCAAGCGCCGCGAGGCCUCCACGUUGUCCGAGCCAGUCUGCGCGACCAGGAAGGCAAGCGAUAUGUGUUUGUUGUGCCGGAGACUGAAGCCUGGAAAGUCGCCGUUGGGCUUCAGCGACUGCGCAAAGGAAGCCAGGCCCGCGCGCUGGGAAUAUGCGGCUUACCGUUGAAUGAGACACACUCGAUCAUCUCCAACUUGGGGUAUUAG